AGCAAAGGAAUCCACAGCAAGAAAGAGUUUCCCCAUUGUCUUUUUUCUCGAUGAACAUGGCUGCCAAGAGAGAGAAAACAGUGAUGGGGUGUUGCCUCCGUGGUUCCUCCAUACCUGCAACUGCAAGUGUUGGAGAAGACUCAGGGCUCAAACAAGAAGUUCUCAUACAAGUACCAGCGUGCAGAGUUCAUCUGAUGGAUGAAGGAGAAGCUCUUGAACUGGCUCAAGGGCACUUCACGAUCGUGAAAACCAUGGAAGAGAAUGUGUCUCUGGCUACAAUCAUAAAAGUGGGAGAUGAUCUUCAAUGGCCUUUGACGAAAGAUGAGCCAGUUGUUAAGCUGGGUGCUCUCCAUUACUUGUUUUCCUUGCCGGUGAAAGAUGGUGAACCUCUCAGCUAUGGUGUCACCUUUUCAGAAGCUACUUUGGGAAGUUUGAGUUCGCUGGACUCGUUUCUGAAGGACCACUCUUGCUUUUCUGGCUUCAAUUUGAACAAGAAGAACAAUCUAGAUUGGAGGGAGUUUGCUCCAAAGGUUGAUAAUUACAAUCAUUUUCUGGCCAAGGCAAUUGCAGGAGGAACUGGUCAGAUUGUGAAGGGCAUCUUCAUCUGCAGCAAUGCUUACACCAAUAAGGUUCAGAAAGGAGGAGAAACGAUCCUAAACAGUUCUGCAGAUGAGAAAAAUGGUGUUGUUGUGGCCAGCGAAAGCAUGAACAACAAGACUUUCAGCGCCUCAAAGAAGAACAAGAUUAAUAAAAACCUCAAACGUGUGAGAAAGCUGUCGAAGAUGACAGAAAAGUUGAGCAAAUCUGUGCUAAAUGGUGUUGGUAUAGUGAGUGGAUCAGUGAUGAAUCCUGUGCUUAAAUCCCAACCAGGAAAGGCAUUCCUAAAGAUGGUUCCUGGGGAGGUUCUGUUGGCUUCCCUUGAUGCAGUGAACAAGGUUCUAGAUGCUGCUGAAGCUGCUGAAAAACAAACUUUUUCUGCCACUUCCAAAGCUGCAUCAAGAGCGGUUUCUAACAGGUUUGGGGAAAGUGCAGGGGAAGCUACUGAACAUGUAUUUGCAACAGCUGGACAUGCUGCGAAUACUGCUUGGAAUGUCUUUAAGAUACGAAAAGCUUUAACUCCAGCUUCUUCAGCAACCAAUGGAGUGCUCAAAAAAGCUGCCAAGGUUCCAACUUUUAAAUAAAAAAUCAAAUCAAGUUUCUUUUUUUCAUGAUUAUGAAAGGUUUAAGGAGGAUAGAUACCAUGUGGUGGAACAAUUAGUACCUAAUUUUGCGCUGAUUAAUUAUGAUUAUGACGUGAGUUCCAA